CCAAGAGAUAUACGAAUGGAAUUAUCCGCUUUUUCCUUGGCCUUCAAAACAACUGCGGUUCUCGUCGUUCUGUCAUCUCUGUUUUUUAGAUGUUCCAUCGCCGAAAUUCCAUCGCAAUCCGAAGGAGGCCCGCAACAGCCAUUAAACCCCGGAAACUUUUCCAGUCCAAACACAGUUCCAGCUUUUCCAGUCCAGACACAAACACAAACCUGCCAUUUAGAUCUCUCAGACGAGCUCUUCGGCGGAGUGAGUGAGGCCUGCGGGCGGAACCUCGACCGUAGCCGUUGCUGUCCUGUGCUAGCCGCGUGGCUAUUUGCUGCCCAUGCUAGUUCGGCGCUGCAGAUACCGGUGGAUGCUCCGGCGUCUUCGUCGGAUGAUCCAAUGAUGCCGGACGAUUCUCAGAAGUGUGUGAAUUCACUGCAGACGUCGCUUGAGAGCCGCAACAUCCACAUUCCUCAACCAAACGCGACCUGCGACGCAAUACUGUGUUUCUGCGGGAUUCGUCUGCAUCAGAUCUCUUCAUUGAGUUGCCCUGCUGCGUUUAACCUUUCUUCGCACCGUAACGCCACACCCACCGCCGCCGUGAAGAACUUGGAGCGGAAUUGCCGGAAUUCUUCCUAUUCUGGCUGCACUAAGUGCCUUGGAGCCCUAGAGAAGGUGAAGGGAGAUGGGAAGAAUGGGACAGGUGGAGGAGAUGACGGGAGGGCAAGCAAGAUGUUUAGUAGGGAUUGCCAGCUCAUGGGGCUGACGUGGCUGCUAGCAAGGAACAAAACGGCGUACAUACCGACGGUAUCGGCGGUGCUGAGGGCUAUCAUGUACAGUGCGUACCCACCCCACCAGUCCACGUGUAGUCCUGAUCAGGAGAACAUGCCCUUGGCCGUUGAUUCUCUUCAAUUCCAGAGACUCGAUUCAUCGAACGCUCCUCCUUCUCUUCGUCGUCUUCCUUUAAUCAUCUGUUUAUUUACAUUUCUGCCCCUUAUCAUCCUUUCUUCUUCUCUGUUCUGAAUUACUGAGCGACAAAAAA